AUGUUGGGUCACGUAAGAUUUGCAUCGAAAGAGUUACUCUCUGGAGGAGGAGGAAGAUGUUUAUUUUCAAGACAAAAUGAUUUGCUAGCUAAAUAUAAGAAAUUGAACGGUUUAAAUGGUAGUAUAAUGUCCACUAGAAACGUGAAAACUUCUACUGUGGAUUGGAAACCAAUCAUUAGUAACAAAACCCCCACUAAUGAGGAUGCCGAGGAUGAGUAUAAACAUGGUGGUAAGAAACAUAAAAAUUAUCAUAUUGGCAAGAAAAUCUUUUUAGGGCUAAUGAUUGCCAUGCCAAUUACCGCUGCAUACUUGGGUACAUGGCAAACUCGUAGGUUGAAAUGGAAAACCAGGUUGAUUGCUACCUGUGAAACAAGAUUAACGUACCCGAUUGUGCCCAUACCCAAAAAUUUUUCAGAAGAAGAUCUUGAGAGUUGGGAAUACAGAAGAGUUCAAUUAGUAGGCCAUUUUGAAAAUGAUAAUGAAAUAUAUGUAGGUCCAAGAGUCCAUAAAGGUAUUAAAGGCUAUAACGUUUUCACCCCGUUUGUAAGAGAUGAUACCGGUGAACGAUUAUUAAUUGAAAGAGGUUGGGUCAGUGAAGAAAAAAUAGUCCCUUCCAGCAGAAAUUUGAAACAUUUGAGCACCCCAGAGAAUGAACAUUUAUCAAUCAGUUGUUUGGUCCGUGUUCCUCAUGAACGUGGACAAUUCCAAUGGGAUAAAAAAUCCGAUGAUGUCUCGAGAGUUUGGCAGGUUCCCGAUAUCUUGGAAAUGUCCAAGAGACUCGGCUGUAAACCAUUACAUUUGCAAGUUUUAUAUGAUCUAAACAAUCAUUCCGAGAGAUUAUCGGAUUCCAACACAUCAUCAAUGGAAUUCAGUGAAUGGCAAUUAAUUCAAGCCGGUGUACCCAUUGGUCAACAGCCAAAAGUAAUGUUCCGUAAUAACCAUUUACAGUACAUAGUGACCUGGUAUGGCUUAUCGUUUUUAAGCAGUAUCUUAUUGGUUGUUGCUAUCCGUCGUGGUAUGAAGGGAAAAGUCAUCACUCAUGCUCAAUUACGUAAACAAAGAUUGGACCGGGCUAAAGAGUUCGAGUAG